CGGCCUCGCCGAGAAUGCUACAUUUAAAAGUACAGUUUUUGGAUGAUUCCCAGAAGAUUUUUGUGGUUGAUCAAAAGUCAUCCGGGAAGGCGCUGUUUAACCUGAGUUGCAGCCACCUAAAUCUCGCUGAAAAGGAGUAUUUCGGAUUAGAAUUCUGUAGCCAUUCUGGAAAUAAUGUCUGGUUGGAACUGCUGAAGCCAAUUACAAAGCAAGUGAAAAAUCCUAAGGAGGUUGUUUUCAAAUUUAUGGUGAAAUUUUUCCCAGUGGACCCCGGACAUCUUCGAGAAGAGCUUACAAGGUAUCUUUUUACUCUUCAAAUAAAGAAGGAUUUGGCUCUAGGAAGGCUUCCGUGCAGUGAGAACUGUACUGCGUUGAUGGUGUCUCACAUUCUGCAGUCAGAACUGGGAGACUUUCAUGAAGAAACAGACAAGAAACACUUGGCACAAACCCGCUACUUACCGAACCAGGACUGUUUAGAGAGCAAGAUUGUGCACUUUCAUCAGAAGCACGUUGGCAGGAGCCCUGCGGAAUCUGACAUCCUGCUACUGGAUGUAGCGAGGAAGCUGGAUAUGUACGGCAUCAGGCCUCACCCUGCCAGCGACGGCGAAGGCACGCAGAUCCACCUGGCUGUCGCUCACAUGGGAGUACUGGUGUUACGGGGCAAUACAAAGAUCAAUACUUUCAACUGGGCUAAAAUUCGCAAGUUGAGUUUUAAAAGAAAGCAUUUUCUCAUCAAACUUCAUGCCAACAUCUUGGUGUUGUGCAAGGACACCUUGGAGUUCACCAUGGCCAGCCGAGAUGCCUGCAAGGCUUUCUGGAAGACCUGUGUGGAGUACCAUGCUUUCUUCAGACUUUCUGAAGAGCCCAAAUCCAAGCCCAAAACCCUACUGUGCAGUAAGGGUUCCAGUUUCCGCUAUAGUGGAAGGACCCAACGGCAGCUUUUGGAAUAUGGAAAGAAAGGGAGGUUGACGAGCUUGCCAUUUGAGAGGAAACAUUACCCAUCUCAGUACCAUGAGCGACAGUGCCGGUCCUCACCAGACCUCCUCUCUGAUGUGUCAAAACAAGUGGAAGAUCUGAGACUAGCAUACGGCGGUGGGUAUUACAGAAAUGUGAAUGGAGGGCACGCGUCGGAGCCCGUGCUCGACGGUAGGAGGAGGAACUCCGCAGUGGAGGUGACGUUUGCAGCGGAGCUGGAGCGUUCCAAACCAGAGGCGGAUCCCACACUGUUACACCAGUCCCAAAGCAGUUCCUCUUUCCCUUUUAUUUAUACAGACCCUGUCUUUAGUACUGACCCGGAUCCCAGAGACUACUUUGAGGAAAGGAGUCCUCUGAGCUCCUUCCAACCAAGCUGUAAGUUUGCUGACAAGUACAUGAGCACAUCUUCUGGCCUUGCAAGCAAAGUGAGUCCAGCAAGGCAGCUAACUUACACAGAUGUGCCCUAUAUUCCUUGCACUGGACAGCAGGUUGAUAUUAUGCCUCCCCAAGUCUUUUUUUAUGUGGACAGACCACCCCAGGUGCCCAGACGGUCUCCAGUCAUGGCAGAGGAAAGGGAAAGGCCAGACAGCUGUCUAGAGCCCACUGCAAUGAAGCCAGCCAAAAGAAGCCCAAGGAAUGUUAGAAUGAAGAGCUUUCAGCAAGACUCUCAAGAACUCCAAGAAGCUAUGGCCAGGACUAGUGGGAGGAGCAACAUCAACGUAGAUCUGGAAGCAGAAGACCCAAAUUUAGAAGAUGCGUUUGCAUACAGCAUUCAAGACCAAACCCCCAAGCGAUCCCAGAGCCAGUCAGACAUGAAAACGAUCCGUUUUCCUUUUGGGUCCGAAUUUAGACCUUUAGGGCCUUGUCCUACUCUGAGUCGAAAAGCUGACCUUUUUACAUAUAUGUUUGCAGAGCAGGAGUUUCCAACAGUUUUAAUGGAUCAGGGAGCAGCAGAAAGGUACGUAGCUAGUGAAUCCAGUGAUUCGGAAUCAGAAAUUCUUAAACCAGACUACUACUCUUUGUAUGGCAAAGGAAUCAGGUCGCCCAUGGCCAGAAUCCGCUUGUCUUCUGGUAGUCUACAGCUUGAUGAAGAGGAUGAAGGUGUUUCUUUCAAUAUGCCAACUGCUGAAGAAAGGACUUUGUUAAAACCAUGUAAUUACUUUUUAGCUUGAAAGUGUGAACUCAGUGAACAUUUCUGGGUCAGUUCCACGUUGCCAACUUAGGUAAAAAAUAAGGAACCUUCUGCACAAACCAUUUUCUUAGUUAUCCUUCAUUGGUAAUGAGGGGAUCGGCUAUGUUUGGGCACCUAGCUCAGGAAAGACCCAGCUGCUGCCUCGUUCCUCAAGCUCCCCUCUUCAGUUUCCUCUAAAGGGGCUCCAGAACAUACCCUCUCCUCACCAGCACUGUGGUGGGGCGAGGUGGCUACCUGUCAUCUGCAUUAUACAUUUCCCCAUAGAGACAUCGGUGACUGUCAACACUGUAUGAUGUUGACAGUAUGGGUUGGCAUAGCAUUGGCCUCUGAUGUCCUUUAGUGAUUUGGUAGAUUGUGACUGUGUUGGUCAUUUUGUUUUUAAGCCAUACUGUGACUAAAGGUUCCCGUAAAAAUGGUCCUGUUGUAUGUUAAAGACUUCAAUUUUUGUAACAUAUGUAAGGGGGAACAUGGCCAUCCUAUACCUCAAGAACAAGAUGGUGGCAUAGAACCUCCCAUCAGAUGCAUCUAGGACUUGGAAGCAUUCUAAACCCUGGAAAUUCAUGAAUUGGUCAAUUUCUAAAGCCAGAUAGAUGCCCAAUGAAGAUUAUGACGUUUGACUUACUACUUCUCUACUCUUAACUAUUAUAUGUAGUGACAGAUAGAAGUUUACAUGUUGGUUUCUCUACUUUCUCCUGUAAGACUUUAUUGUUUUGCCAUCUCUUGCUGCAUGUAUGUAGGCAAGGAAAUGAGAUGAAUGGCAUUUUAAUAAAGAGUGAUGGAAAU